AUGGGGAUAAUUAAGAGCAGCUUCUCCUUCAUUAUGGGCACGGUUGCAGGGGUCUACAUCGCCCAAAACUACGCCGUUCCUAACAUUAAGAAGCUCGCCGAUACUGCCGUCUUCAUUGCCAAGCAAUACGAGGAGAAGUACCGCAAGCCCAAGAAGCGAGACGACGAAUAG